AUGUCGUAUCAGAGUGUGGUGAUCGAUGCUACGCCUACCCCCACGAUGAUUGAAAUUGUUUCGUGUCCGGCCAUCUCUGUUCCCACCACUAUCAUCAUCUGGAGGGCCGUACUCAGUGCCGCCGACAGUGUGAUGGCUGCUCCACUGUGCCCGAAAAUUGCGAGCCCUGCGUCGGUGGUAGUAGCUGCCACGCUGCCGUCGAGACAGACGGCCAUCGAUACUUCCACGUUCUCCUCUGUCGUGCAACAAGGCAGCGCUGUAACCAAGUCUAGUGUUUGGUUUGAGUCGCAGAAGGAGGGCUGA